AUGGCUAGAAAGCAGGAUAGGGAAGAAGACAGAGAUCCGUAUGGAUUAAAUGAAGUGGAUGCGUUUGCUGAUAAGAAAGAGAAAAUCCUGUUGGAACAAUCUACGUUGAAUACUGGUAAUGGCAAUGAAAGCUACGAUUCUCUGGAUGAUGAUGAGGAAGAAGAAGUGAUGGGAAUGAGUGGUGAAGACUCGUCCGAUGACGAGGAAGAAGAAGAAGAAGAGCUGGACGGUGAAAAGGCAUACAGGAAAGUUUUUGGUAAGAAGUUACAUUUAGGUGAAUCAGAAGAUGAAGCGGAUGAAAAUAUGCUAGACAAUGAAAAUGCCUGGGGUGCCACCAAAAAUGAAUACUAUGGUGCAGACGACUUAGACGAUGAAGAAGUAGCUAAAGAGAUUGAAAAGGAGGCCCUUCGUCAGCAGAAAAAGCACCUUCAAGAACUCAACAUGAACGACUAUAUGGAUGAAGAAGUUGAGGAAGAAUGGACUAAGAGUGCGAAAGAGUUUGAUAUGAAUGAAUUUCAAACAAGUACCAACACCAAGAGUGACAAUACUGUGUCGAUAAAGGAUCUUUUGAACAUGGAUUCGGAUGCCAAGAAGGACUACUUGAAAAAUUUGAUUCCUGAAUUUUUACCGUUAUGUAAAGAACUGGCAACAUUAUCUGAAGUCCUGGAAGAACUGAAAGCAAAGGAACAAUCUGAGCUAGUGAAGUUAAAAGUAAUGGCUCUUUCUGCAUAUUUAGGUACAAUAUCUUCCUACUUAGGUAUUCUUCUACAUGAGAUUAAUAGCAAUGAAGAUUUCUCAUCAAUGAAAGACCACCCUAUUAUGGAAAGUAUUUUAACAUCAAAGGAAGUUUGGAGGCAAGCUAAUGAAUUACCAGGAAGUUUCGAAGCUGGUCAACAAUUACAAGACGACAGUGAAGAUGAAGAUGAAGAAAUGGCCGAACUAGAUGAAAGCAUUUUGCAAAACAUUCCAAUCAGUGAAGAAACCAAAGAUGAACAUACAGCCGCAGCUGACUCGGGUGCUAAUAAUGAUAGUGAAGAUGAGGGCGACGAUGAUGGCGAAGAUGACGACGUUGAUUUAGAUGAUUUCGAAGAAUAUGUCACACAAUCUCGUCUACCCACAAAAUCAAAGGAAAAAGCAGGUCCUACUGAUGCUGAUGAUUUCUUAGAGUCAGAGAUGGCAGAUGUGGAUGCGCAAGAAAAGAGGGCUCGUAAGAGGACACUAAGGUUCUACACUUCUAAGAUUGAUCAACAGGAAAAUAAAAAAAUUGAUAAAUUUAAAGGUGAUGAUGACAUUCCAUAUAAAGAGAGAUUAUUCGAAAGACAACAAAGGUUGCUUGAAGAAGCUCGUAAGCGUGGUCUACACGAUAAAAAUGGUGCUGAUCUAGAUGAUAAGAAUUAUAACUCUGAAGAUGAAGCAGUAUCCAAGUCCAUUAAUGAUAAAAGUAUUGAUGAUUACUACACUCAAAUCCAAAAAAGUAGGCAAAAUAGAAAAGAAUCGCGUCAACAAGCACAUAAGACUGCUGUUAUGGCGGCAAGAGAGGGUAAAUUGGCCGAAGCUUCAGAAGCUGUUGGUGAAGAUGGUAAACGUGCUAUUAACUACCAAAUCCUAAAGAACAAGGGUUUGACUCCAAAGAGGAAGAAGGACAACAGAAAUUCACGUGUCAAGAAGAGAAAGAAGUACGAAAAGGCUCAAAAGAAACUCAAAUCGGUUCGUGCAGUUUACUCUGGUGGCCAAUCUGGUCCAUACGAAGGUGAAAAGACUGGUAUUAAGAAGAAUUUAACGAAAUCUGCCAAAUUCAAAAAUUAA